UUCAAGUCUCGGUGGAACCUCUCUUUUUCAUCGACGUUGACGGAAAUUACUUUCAUCCAUAACCUCUUUAAGCAUACUUUUAUACCCUACAGACUAGAGUACUUCGCUGUCAAACAAUUUAAUCUGUUUUGCGCUCCCAUCUUAGUACGGCGAAAAUUUUCUCCUUCGUUGAACAAAAUUUUUCCAGGAUUGUUUGUCCUCGUAUUGAGCUCCGUAAUGGAAUCCGAAACACGACGGAAAAUCGAGGAAACGGUGCUGGAUGUGCUGAAGAAUUCUAACGUUGAUGAAGCGACUGAGUUCACAGUCCGACUCGCGGCCUCGGAGCGGCUCGGAAUCGAUCUCUGUGUCUCGGAGCACAAGCUGAUGGUUAGAGGCAUUGUGGAGUCGUAUCUGCUCGCUAUCGCGGAGGAAGAAGGUGGGAGGGUCCCCGCGUCUGAGCCAAGUGCUCCACAAGAGACGAGAGAGGUGAUGCAGGAUGAGCAGGAGGCGAAGCCAAACAAGGAGGUUAAGGAGGACUCCGAGCGCAUAAUUUGCCAGUUAUCAAACAAGAGGAAUGUGGUGGUUCAUGAUUUCAGAGGGAAAAGGUUGGUCUCAAUUAGGGAUUAUUAUCAGAAAGAUGGAAAACAAUUUCCUUCAGCUAAAGGGAUAAGUUUGUCUACUGAUCAAUGGUCUGUCUUCAAAAAAAGUGUCCCUGCUAUAGAGGAAGCUAUUACAAAGAUGGAGGCAAAGAUGGGAUCUGAGGUUUAUGGAAAGCAAAAUGGAGAUGUGCCGAAACCAAAUCUUGAUGCUCCUCCUCUUGAUCUGGUCUCUGCUGCUUCUCCUCCUGAACCUGUCCCUAUUGAAAUCAGCCGUUUUGAUGGGAAAAAUUACCAUUUAUGGGUUCAGCAGAUGGAAUCACUCUUGAAGCAACUAAAGAUUGCGUAUGUGCUCACUGAACUAUGCCCAAACGCUACACCAGGACCACAUGCAAGCGCUGUAGAAGUUGCUGAAGCCAGGGCAGCAGAGAAGAGGUGGGUGAGUGAUGAUUUCAUGUGUCGUCGCAACAUCUUGUGCUAUUUAUCUGAUCAUCUGUUUAAUCAGUAUACAAAUAGAAAAAUGACUGCUAAAGAACUAUGGGAGGAGUUAAGACAAGUUUAUUUGUAUGAGGAAUUCGGAACAAAGAGAUCACAAGUGAAAAAGUACAUUGAAUUUAAGUUCGUUGGGGAAAAAUCCAUACUUGAGCAAGUCCUAGAAUUAAAUACCAUUGCAGACUCUAUUGUCUCUGCUGGAAUGAUGAUUGACGAAAACUUCCAUGUCAGUGUCCUUAUCUCCAAGCUUCCUCCAUCUUGGAAGGAUGUUUGCAUCAAGCUAAUGUGCGAAGAGUAUCUUCCAUUUUGGAUGUUAAUGGAACGUCUGAGAGUGGAGGAAGAAUCUCGCAAUCAAGUCAAACAAGGGGAUGAACCUUCGAGUAAUGACAGAGGCUAUCAUGAGGCCAGAAAAUUUGUUCAAAGAUGGGCAGAUAUAAAGCCUUCAAGUAUGUAUGGUCAGAGGAAUAGGCUAGACAUGAAUGGCAGGAGUAUAGUCUGUUAUGUCUGUGGCAAGAAAGGGCAUCUUUCCAGAAACUGCUGGAGACGAUUUGACAGUCAAGCUAGAGAAAAACGAAUUGAAGAAAAUGGGCCCUCUGCACCUGUAAUUGCACAGGCUAACAUGGUCGGUGUCUCUGAGUAGAUAGCACCCAUAUUGUGCUUCGACUUCUGAGUCAUCAGAAACAGAAUGGAUGAUGGGAAAGCCUGUGGUAGUCUUCUCUUGCGCAGUCUUUUAGAAAAGUUUUUAUCUGGAUUUGGUUGACAUAAUGUGCUAACAAAUCGAUCAGAAGUUGCUUGUGAGCAUGUAAGGUAGGUUCUGUGGAAUUGGUUUGGUCUGUGAGAAGGUAUUUUUCGACCAAUACUUUCCUCCAGUGGGCAGGGUCUGAUCUGUAUAUAGACCUUAUCAUGCAGGAAGAUACUGUAUGCUUGUAUUGUUUUGUAUUUUUGAGUAGUUUGACAAAGUAAUUUCAUUUUCCACAUGGUUAAUUGUCCAUGUCUUGAAUGGUUUUAAUUUAUGAACAGCCUGUUGACUGUUGGCGCCA